UAGACUGAGGAGAACACCGUGAUGAAGGAGGUGCUGGGGAACAUGAAGAACAUCAAAGACAAGCGCAUGUGCUGGCAAGACGGCCGUCUCUUUGAGGAUAAGGAGGACUGGGUUGUGGACAGCUGCACUAAAUGUACCUGUCAGGAAUCAAAGAUUGUAUGCCAUCAGAUCACAUGUCCUCCAGUAUCCUGUGCCAGCCCAACUUUCCUGGAUGGUGAAUGCUGUCCAGUGUGUCUGCCUAAAGAUAGCGAGGAUGGCUGGUCUCCUUGGUCUGAAUGGACAGAGUGUACCAUCACAUGUGGAACGGGUACCCAGCAAAGAGGCAGGUCAUGUGAUGCCACAAGUAACCCCUGCAGUGGUCCCUCCAUCCAAACCCGCAGAUGCAACUUGGGAAAAUGCGACAGUCGUGUCCGUCAAGAUGGUGGUUGGAGUUUGUGGUCCCCCUGGUCGUCAUGCUCUGUGACGUGUGGAGAGGGACAGAUCACGCGAAUUCGCCACUGUAACUCCCCCGUCCCUCAGCUGGGAGGAAAGGACUGUGAGGGCAGCGGGAGAGAGACGAAAAAAUGUGAAGCCAAACCCUGUCCGAUUGAUGGAGCCUGGGGCCCAUGGUCUCCUUGGGCAAUCUGCUCCGCUACCUGUGGGGGAGGAACAAGGACACGAACACGCGUGUGUAACAGCCCUCGUCCACAGUAUGGCGGCAAGAAAUGCCCAGGAGAGUCCAAGGACAAUGAUUCCUGCAACAAACAGGACUGCCCUGUUGAUGGUUGUCUAUCUAACCCGUGCUUCGGGGGUGUUGACUGCACCAGCUCCCCUGACGGCUCGUGGGAGUGUGGGCCGUGCCCUGUCGGUUUCCGUGGCAAUGGAACAUUCUGUGAGGAUGUGAAUGAGUGUGACAUGGUGCCUGAUCUUUGUUUUAAAAACGGUGAAUCUCUGCGCUGUGUCAACACAGACCCAGGAUUCCACUGCUUGCCUUGCCCUCCUCGAUACAAAGGCAAUCAGCCCUUUGGAAUGGGAGUGGAGGCUGCCAAGCUAAAUAAACAGGAGUGUGAGCAAGAAAACCCCUGCAAAGACAAGACUCACAACUGCCACAGGUCCGCUGAGUGUAUCUUCCUUGGCCACUUCAGUGACCCCAUGUUUAAAUGCGAGUGUAAGAUCGGCUAUGCUGGGGACGGCCUCAUCUGCGGCGAGGACUCUGACCUUGAUGGCUGGCCCAAUCAGAACCUGGUGUGUGGAGCCAACCAGUCCUAUCACUGUAAAAAGGACAAUUGUCCCAACCUUCCAAACUCAGGCCAAGAGGACUUUGACAAAGAUGGUCAAGGAGACGCCUGUGACAAAGACGACGAUAAUGAUGGAAUAAUGGAUGAGGAGGACAACUGUCCUCUACUGUACAAUCCCAGGCAGUUUGACUACGAUAAAGAUCUUGUCGGUGAUCGUUGUGAUAACUGUCCAUAUGAGCACAACCCCGCUCAGAUCGACACAGACGGUAAUGGCGAGGGAGAUGCCUGCUCUGUGGACAUUGAUGGAGAUGAGGUUCUGAAUGAGCAUGAUAACUGCCCUUACAUGUACAAUACUGACCAGAAGGACACAGACAUGGAUGGAGUGGGUGACCAGUGUGAUAACUGUCCUCUGCUGCACAACCCUGACCAGACUGACUCAGAUAAUGACCGAGUUGGUGACAAGUGCGACAACAAUCAGGACAUUGAUGAGGAUGGCCAGCAGAACAGCCUGGAUAACUGUCCCUACAUUGCCAAUGCCAACCAGGCCGACCAUGACAAAGAUGGGAAAGGAGAUGCUUGCGAUUUUGAUGACGAUAAUGACGGGAUCCCUGAUGACAAGGACAACUGCAGACUGGUGCCCAACAAAGAUCAACUAGACUCUGAUGGGGAUGGAAGAGGCGAUAUCUGCAAAGAUGAUUUUGACAAUGACAACAUUCCAGACAUUUUGGAUGUGUGUCCUGAGAACGACGCCAUCAGUAACACUGACUUCCGGAAGUUUCAGAUGGUGCAUUUGGACCCCAAAGGAACUACACAAAUUGAUCCCAACUGGGUGGUCAGACAUCAGGGCAAAGAGUUGGUUCAGACUGCCAAUUCUGACCCUGGUAUUGCUGUGGGUUUCGAUGAGUUCAACGCUGUGGAUUUCAGUGGCACUUUCUACGUCAACACUGACAGAGAUGACGAUUAUGCUGGGUUUGUGUUUGGCUAUCAGUCCAGCAGUCGAUUUUAUGUGGUAAUGUGGAAGCAGAUAACUCAGACGUACUGGGAAGUUAAUCCUUCAAAAGCAUUUGGCAUCUCUGGAGUUUCUCUGAAAGUGGUCAACUCUACCACGGGCACAGGGGAGCACCUGCGUAAUGCCCUGUGGCACACUGGUGACACUCCUGGACAGGCCCGCACUCUGUGGCACGAUCCUAAGAAUAUCGGCUGGAAGGAUUACACUGCGUACAGGUGGCAUCUCAUCCACAGACCCAAGACAGGAUUCAUCAGAGUGGUGGUUUAUGAGGGGAAACAGAUCAUGGCAGACUCGGGGCCGGUUUAUGAUAAAUCCUUUGCAGGAGGGAGAUUAGGACUGUUCGUGUUUUCCCAAGAACUGGUUUACUUCUCUGAUCUCAAGUACGAGUGUCGAGAUAACUGAGAAAGAGAAGAAAUGACUCCCUUAAAAGACUAUAGCACAACAACACAUUUUAACACUCUCUGACAAAACACUAAAGACUUUGGUGGACUACAAAUAUAAAACAGGCUCCAAACCUCCUCCUGAGGAGAAAGACUUAACUUAAAUGACAAGCACAUUUAAUCAAUGUUUUUGUGUCCGUGAGUCAGUAUUUGUUAGCCAAAGUUUUUUGUAAUGUUAAUUGAACAUUACAUAUGUGGUAUUUCUUUACAAAAUGAAGGAAAAACAAUCACAAAACUUCAUCCUCUGGCAUUUUUAUCACCAACUGCUUUACUUGCACAAAAUUUUUUUACUUGCUAUUGUUACAAUGUGCAGAAUUUUUUCUCCUUUGGAUUUGUUGUUGUAAUGGAGACAUCUUUUUCUACAACCCUCAAUUCUAACAGGGGCUUUGGGUUUGAUCAGCAUAUAUGUUUUAGAGACCUUUGAGAUGAAGAUGUUUAUAUUAAGACUGUAUCAUAAUUACUUGUGUAAAGUAUUUAUAUGACUCUUGCAAUUCAGUAUCAAAUUAUGUCUUUUUUUUUUGCAAUGCUUUCAGAACCUAGACGUUGUAUAUACUAAUUUAUUUGCUUACACUGACAAAAUUUGACUAUUGCAGAAAUAAAGAUUAAAAAAAGUAAAUUUUUAUUGCUGCACUUCCAGACAUCCAUAAUGCAAUUUCAUGUCUAUGUAAUUUUUUUUUAAUGUUUUUCAUAUGUGAGAAUGAGUUUUUGUCCUGUGAUGCCACACUGCAUGUGUUACAUUUAACACAAAUUUGCUUGUCUUGAACCACUUUUUCCUUUAGUUUCUUAUGUUUUGUCUGUUUACUAAAGAAACUGUCAUGGAGAACACAAUACGUAACAGGACAAACAGUUCUGUUUGUAUCAGAGAAACAGAGACUCUCAUACAUAAGAGAUUGUCAUUCAUCGUCCAGAUCUUUUAAACCUGAACAUUCAUCCGUUUUGUCUUUCUUUUGCUUGUUAAAUGUUUUUAUUUUCAUAACUAUUUUUAAUAUUUUGUAAAAAGUGCAAUGCCUUUGAUUUUUAUGCCACAUCCCCAGAAAACCUUGUAACGUUUUCUAAUAUUGUUAUUCUCGCAGUUGUCACAGGUUUUUUCUUUAAUAAAAGGUU